AUGGCUUCGCAAGAGCUUCGUGUCCAACCACUAGGCUGCCAAGAUGCACCCCCAUCCGAGCGCUUCGAGCUGUCCGACAUGGACCACACCAUGAUCAAGGUCUAUGUUCAGAUUGCCGAGGUAUUCAAGCUGACCGGGGAUGUCGUCCAAGAUGCCAUCGUAUCGAGUGUGAAGGAGGGCCUCGAGUUCAGCCUCAGCCAGUUCCCCCUACUCGCGGGUUUCUCUCCGCAUGGACGAGUCCAAUGGGCGGAUCCUGGCAAUGAUUUCCCCUCGUUCGCGUACCUGGAGCAGAACGACUUCCCCGUCCAGCUCCUCGAAGGGCACAAACUGUUGCCCAAAUCGGUCACGGAGAAACAGCUGUUCUCCCCCCUGGGAGAGAAUGCAGACGAGGACACCAUCAUCUCGGCAUUCCAGAUCAACUUCAUACGAGGGGGACUGAUCCUGGCGGCCGCCAUUCACCACAAUUGCUCAGACGGCACGGGAUGCAAUGGUUUUCUGAAGACAUGGGCCAAAAGCUCGGCGGCUGCGAGACUCGGCGCACCAUUUGAGCCCAUCGACAGAGCGGCCCUGGACAGAGCACGACUCAGCGCACCAAGGCCGAGUCCGGCGAGAUGGAAGCAACUGGAUGGGUAG